CAGCAGCAAACGACAACUAUGGUACAUAACGAUAUUUCCUAAGAAAAACUCGUUUGGACCUAUGUAAGCAAUGAGAUUUUCCUCGAAAUGCUCAAGAUUAUAGCAUGAUCAACUUAUGGGAAAAUCGUAGAAAUUUUCUUUAUUCUAUGCCGUAUCUUAUACUGUGUAUGAAAGGUCUUUGUAAUGCUAAAAUUGUUGGUUGAAUGCCUGAUCGUAUCAUACUAUGCCCUGCCGUAAAUGCUGUUCUAUGGCCAAGUCUCCAGUGGAAGACAUCCGAUCAGAUAGUGAUAUUUCUGUUGAACGAGAAGAAAUCUUGCUACCAUCAAACCACAAUGGUCGAGUCUCGAAUUAUGAACAGAUAAAACAGCGAUCACCGGACGAAAACGUUGUAGAAACUAAAACAAAAGAAGAUUACGGGAGAAGAAAGAUACGAGAAGUAACUAAUUAUUACAUAUCGCACUGCACUUUACAUGGAUUUCAUUAUGUUUUUGAUACCAAGUCUAUAUUACGAAAGAUUCUCUGGCUAAGUAUACUUGCAGCUGCCGGCGGAUUCUUCUUCAAGGAGGUAAAAACAAGUCUGUAUCAAUACUACCAGUAUCCUUUCACUACGAUGUCAACGAUAGAGUAUCCUAAGAAAUUACCAUUUCCAGCUAUAACUGUGUGUGAUUUCAACGAUGUUCGAAAAUCACUGCUAUCAAGCAAUGCCAGUCAAAUGUCGAACAUCAUUAAAGCAUCCUUAAAGCAGUUAAACAACACGUUAUUGUACUGUGCUUUAAGGCACGGAUAUAAACGCCCUUCAGUCUUUACAAUUGAUGAUUUCGAUGUAUUUUAUUCUUCAGAGGGACAAACUUGUUUCACCUUUAAUUCGGGUAAAAAUAAAUCUGUAAUUUAUGGUGAUAAUGUUGGUCCAAAAUUCGGUUUAGAAUUCAUACUCAACGUCCAACAACCACCAGACAACGAUGUUAGAGAAAGUGGGUUCAGGUUUAUUCUUCAUCAACAAAAUGACUUACCGCUAACGAGAGAGGGAUUUCGAGUCUCUCCUGGUUAUGUAACCUACGUAGACGUACAUCUAGCGAAGGAGAAGAAUCUGCCAUAUCCUUAUAUCACCAACUGUGGAGGAAAAUCUCUCAAGUAUUUUAAGGAUUAUUCGCGUAGUAACUGCUACCUAGAAAUGCUGACGGAUCACGUCAUUGAAAGAUGUAACUGUAGAAGUUGGUUUAUGCCUGAAGUUCCAAAUGCCUCUACGUGCUCAGUGAAUGCUACUCUGGAAUGCGUUUGGCCUUCGUGGGAGCGUUUCGAUGGAAGAAGCUCUUACAUAUGUCCGGAAGACUGUUCGAAAACCAUGUACGACGCUAAACUCUCGUCAGCUUUGUUUAUGCCACAUAAACUUCUUCCCCUAAAGCAAAAGCAUUCGUAUCUAACCCGUCCUCAAAAUAUUCCUAACGACACUAAGGGAAUUAUGGAUUAUAUCAUGGAGAACUAUGUAGUAGUGUCACUGUAUUUUGAUGAGCUGCGUCUUGACAUCAUUGAACAGAAACCGUCGUAUGGUUUUUAUAGACUUGUAGGUGACGUGGGUGGUCAGUUAGGACUUGUCUUAGGAGCAAGUGUCAUCACUUUGUUAGAAGUUACUGACCUUUUCAUUAUGUGGGUAUAUUUUUGGCUUAAAGGAAAAGCAAAGAAUAGAUCAUCGAAAAGAAAAUAGCAAAAACUGUUGUUAGGUUUAUAAAGAUAUCAGAGGUUUUCUAUUAGUGGAUAACUUUCUAUAAAAAGAAGUCGCUGACAACGCCGCCAGUCAAACUCUACUCUCUGCCUCUACACGAUGACCUCAAUGAAGCAAAAUGUCGGACCGUCAACAUGGAAAAGGAGCGUCUUUUGCAAGCGCAAUAGCCCAAUCACUACUGAGCAUGAAGAUAAUUCAGUUGUGUAGUAAUUCCAGCUGAAAAAAAGAUAGAAGGAUUUCCCACAGUCCUAAACAUCUUGUAAUAUACAAUUCUAUCUUUAGAAACUUAUCAAAGGGCGGUAACUUUAUGAGAUGCAAACUUAAAUAGUACACCGCCACAUCACUAAAACCCUUAUUUACAUUAUGUACUCAACUUAAAAAGGGGCGGAAUAUCUUAGAUAUGAAAAAGAUAACAUUGUUAAGAAUACUGCUGAGGAAUGAAAUAGAAGUUUGUAUGAAGACGACGAACUUUCUUGUUUGUCUUUUUAAAAUUCGGUAAUAUUUGGCGUCCCUACGUGAAUAAAACUUUAAACGUUAGCUGUGACUUAAGAAAUGCAAUUGGACGAUUCUGUUCUUUUUCACACAAUAACAUAAUAUGGUACUAGUAUGUGUUUUUAAUUGAGAGAAGUAACGUGCCGGAAUGUUUAGCAAUUUCUUGAAAGCUAUCUUGGCCCUACCUAUUAAGUUCGUUUACAUAAAGUUAGGGUGACCCUACUGUUAGGACUAGCUCUUUUGUUUUUAGCGUUCCCUAGGGGGAAAAAACAAGGACCAUGGUAUCCCUAUUACUACGGUCACCCUAUUACCUUAGGUGAGCUACUUUUUAACUUUACGCCUUGCUUGAAAAAAAGAAAUCUUCAUUAAAAAAAUAAUGGUCCUCCUUUAGCUUCUAUUUAAUUUAGCGUUAAUUAAUUUUUUGUUAAUUAAUAGCCUCAGCAUCUUCUUCUAAGCCUAUGGCUAACCCUCAUGAAUUGUAAAGCCACAUCCCUCGCUCCAAAGCACUUAAGGUGACUGCCUACUUUAGAUCAACGUUCGAUUUGGGCCCACGAUUUGCGCACAUACCAAAACCGCUGAAUAACCUUCAACAUUUCAUAUUUAUUGAAGCCACAUUUUGAACUUUAAUAGGGCAAAACCCUAAAAUUUUGYACGGGAAAAAACGUCAAAGAUUGUAUUAUUUUUUUUGUAACAGUAGUUUAAAUAAUGCUCUUUCCAAGUAGCCAGUCACCUUAAGUCUUCUGACGUACUACAUAUCAUAUAGCUGGGAUUUCUAACUAAGUUCUUUUCUUAUGAGACAAGCUAUAACAUGUUCUAUAAAUACUGAUAACGUUUUUGUAUGUAUUAACGAUUCUUUCAACACGUUUAAUAAAACGGUAGUUAUGAA